CAGCAGUUGAGACUACCGCCGCGACUUCUUGCCUUUUCCCUUUGGCACACAAGGACUGCAGCGUCCGCCUCACCUUUCUCACUCUUCUUCCUGCUUGGGCUCUCUCAAUUUAUUUCGCUCGCUGAAUCUGACUGGUGGCAGAAAAAAAAAGCAGCUCUCACUUUGCCUGAGGGAAGGAGGGGAAAAAAAAAGAAAAAGAUGCCCACCACCACUCAUACCACGACCACCCGGUCGCCUUUUGACACCAACAACCUGGGCAUCAACACCAACAAUUCGGCCCCUGUUCUCCCACCUUACCUUCGCACCAGUAGCCAAUCUCCGUUGCAUUCUUUUCCUUUCUCGCCGAGCAACACCUUGCCUUCGGCCAUCGGAUCAGGCAUUAAGAAAGAAAAACCAUCCACCAAAAUGGCCUUGGAUAAGCCAGAGAUCAUGGACUUUGUCACUCGGUAUCAGAACUUGCAGGGUUACCAGAACGCCAGCGACCAGUUGAUGAAGGACCUUUUGAUAUACUGCAAAGAAAUUCAGGGCCAAUAUGCCGAUGAAAAUCAGAUACUCAAGCAGGAGCUGCGCAAUGCAAAGCUCGACCUCGAUCAUGCUACCACUUCCAGAAGAGAGAUGCAGCAGAUGCUGCAAGAGCUUGAUUAUGAUAACAGCUACAUGAAGAAUCGCAAUCCCUACGUCUUGAUUCUAAUUGAUGGAGAUGGACUUCUUUUCCAAGAAUCGUUUAUCAGACAAGGUAUCGAGGGCGGCAAGCAAGCCGCCUACGCCCUCCGAACUGCCGUUGCCGAGUAUGUUGGCAGCCAGUCGGGUGAGGUUGAAAUUGUCGCCAAAGUCUGCGCCAAUCUAUCCGGUCUUGGACGUGCUAUGCGCAGAGAUGGCUGCCUCGAUAGCGAGUCCGAGCUCAGGGAGUUUUCUCUGGGUUUCACACAGGCCAAAGCUUCGUUUGAUUUCAUCGACGUUGGUCACGGUAAGGAACGUGCCGACUCGAAGAUCAAAGAGGCCACCCGCUGGCAUCUGCGAAAUUACAACUGCAGACAGAUUUUGCUAGGCAUUUCCCACGAUGCUGGUUAUGCCCCUUUCCUCGAUGAAAUCCUUCAAGAUACAGAUACUCGCUCAAGAGUCAGUCUAAUUGAGGGCGUCGCUACGGUCAGAGAGCUAAAAAACACCAACGUUCAUAUCCUCGACCCGCUACCCAGCCUUUUCCGAAACCAAAAGCUCAUUGAUAGAAGCGGCGACCGCGCUGCUGAACGUGCCGAGGCAUACGCCAGAUCUUCGGCGCAGGCACCAGCGUCGGUACAUUUCUUUCCGGCUCCAUCUAGAGCGUCAACAUCUUCGCCUGUGAUGGUGGCUUCGCCAACCUCACCCCCUGCUACAUUGGCGACGACAGCCUCUUCUUCCUGGGCCGGGGUCACCGCUAAGGCUAGCCCGCCGCCUGUCAUCACCACCCCGUUGGCUAAAAUAUCCGUCAAUGUUCCAGCUCGAAAGGCUCCGGAGCCAAAAGUGGCAACACCGGCAUGGAACCCUGGCGAGCGUGGCUUGGAUCCCCCUAUCCCCAUCAACGCAACAGCCAUGGACAAUAUUAAGAAACGAACAGGUAAGGACAAGCUGUGCAACAACCAUUACCUGCGCGGUCCUUGUGCCAAGGGCGAUGAGUGCUGCUUCGAACACAAAUACAAGCCCAACCCGGAUGAAAUUAACGCCAUUGCCCAUUUGACUCGUCUCAACCCCUGCACCAGCGGUCAGGAGUGUGACGUGGAAAACUGCAUUUACGGACAUCAUUGUCCUAGCGUGACUGGAACCACCUGCACCCACCCGUAUUGCAAGUUCAGAGUUGAGGAUCAUCCACCUGGCACAAAGUUCAAGAAUGCCAAAAUUCACGAAAACUGA